AUGUCUGUUACUACAAACGCAACCAUCGCCUCCUUCGGCGGCAAGCUGCUCAAGCUGAGCCACGCCGCCACAACCACAAACUGCGAGAUGAAAUUCAACCUCUAUCUGCCCCCGCAGGCUCAGACUCAGAAGGUCCCCGUCCUCAUCUAUCUCUCUGGUCUGACCUGCACUGCGGACAACUGUUCCGAGAAGGGCUUCUUCCAGCACGGUGCUAGCAAGAAGGGUAUUGCCGUGCUGUACCCUGAUACCAGCCCUCGCGGCCUCAACAUCCAAGGCGAGGAUGACGCAUACGACUUUGGCUCCGGCGCUGGCUUCUACGUAGACGCUACAAAGGCCCCCUACAACGCCGGCUACAACAUGUACAGCUACGUCACCGAGGAGCUGCCUCAGACCGUCUUUGCUGCAUUCCCCCAGCUUGAUUCGAGCCGUGUCAGUAUUACCGGACACAGCAUGGGCGGUCAUGGUGCUCUUACUUUGUUCCUCCGCAACCCAGGCAAAUACAAAUCCGUCUCUGCCUUUGCACCAAUCACAAACCCAAUUAACUGCCCCUGGGGCCAGAAGGCUUUCAACGGCUACUUCGGCGAUGACCAGCAGGAUAAGUGGAAAGAGCACGAUGCCACCGAACUAAUUAAGAAGUGGACUGGUGGUCCAUUGGAUAUCCUGAUUGAUGUUGGCACUGGCGACAACUUUUACAAACAAGGCCAGCUCCUACCCGAAAACUUCGAGGCUGCUGCUCGUGACGCCGGGCUUAAGGGUCUGAAUGUGCGCUACCAGCCGGAUUAUGAUCACUCGUACUAUACCAUGUCUACGUUUGCGGAUGAUCAUGUUGAGCAUGCUGCUAAGUAUCUCUUUGCAUAG